CAUACCUGUGCGCACACACUAUUCAAGCAUAAGCUCUGGUGUUGUCUCACUAUUUGAGUCACAAAAGUGUGAACUGUUUAUACGAUUAGUGUUACACUUAUUGUCCGCUUAUUAUAUAACUGUUUGUGUCGUAUAUCUCAACACUUGUGUCACUGAACGGGCGACCACUGGACGCACUGCACGUACGCCACGAGUGACCCAAACAGACACUUAUGGACUGUUUGUACGCGAGUUGUAGUGAACGCCAUAAAUAGUUUUGUUUGCGUGACUGCAGCGCGUGAGUGCGUGACUCACACACACAUACGUGACACUCGUUUGACAGUUGAUUAGCGUUUGUUUGCCACCAAAACAGUGACUGUUUUGCUGCCAAUCUGUCCGUCCAUUUGGUGGUCGACGCGAUUCACUGGACACACGAAGACUACACUUACACCAAAUUCUGUGAUAAUAACCACUGAUUAUCUCAAGACACUCGCACGCGAUGGUUGACUACUAUAAAGUGCUGGAAGUGCCACGAAAUGCCGACACAAAUGAUAUCAAAAAGGCAUAUCGGAAACUGGCGCUCAAGUGGCACCCGGACAAGAACCCCGACCGCAAAGAGGAGGCC